AUGGAGCAACUCAUGCGCAUCCUCUCCCUACCUCGAUCUCGGGUGUACUACCACACCGCCGAAGAGAUGCACUUCAAGAUCGCGGUCACUCUCCAUGCAUCAAGGGUGGAGAGGUGGAUCCUCGCCAUCAAGAGGGAUUUCCUCGACGCCGCACCAAUCAAGUGCGUAUGCUUGGGCUGUGAGUUCAGCGACCCUUGCGAGGGCAGAUAUAAUAAGUGCGCCGCCAUCCUUCAACUCUCGGGGCCGACCGAGACUUUGGUCUUCCAAAUUUGUUGGGCUGAUGAAGUGCCACAACUUCUCAAGGAUUUCUUGCAGGACAAGACCAUCAGAUUCUGCGGCACAACUAUCCACAAAGAUGUGGAAAUGCUGUGUUCCUACAAAAUUGAUAUUCCAUCUGCGUUCGACCUCCAAAAGAUAACCCCGAACCCCACCAAAUUUCCCAUUCUGAGUCUAUAUGAUCUGGCAAAUUCUAUUAUUGGGACAAAACUUGAGAAGAAAAGGAGGAAGAGGGACAAGAAGAAAGACAACGAGGAAGAAGAAGAAAAUAAACUGAUUUUUGGAUGGGACAAUGUUCCAUUGAGCUAUGAGCAAGUGUAG